GGCGGAGCCCCGGCGGCUAGUGCUGGUGGCCGCCGCCGCUGCCUGAGCCGGGGACCGAGCUGCAGCCUCUGCUCCUGCGCUUCGUUGCUUCCCAGGGCGGCGGUAUGCUGGCGAAAGGGGUAGUCGGCGGUAGCGGGGGCACCAAGGCGCCCAAGCCCUCCUUCGUGUCGUACGUGCGCCCUGAGGAAAUUCACACAAAUGAAAAGGAAAUAACAGAGAAGGAAGUAACUCUUCACUUGUUGCCAGGUGAACAGCUGCUUUGUGAAGCCAGCACAGUCCUGAAGUAUGUACAGGAAGAUUCCUGUCAGCGUGGAGUCUAUGGGAGACUUGUCUGCACAGACUUCAAGAUUGCCUUCUUGGGUGAUGAUGAAUCUGCCUUAGAUAAUGAUGAAACUCUGUUUAAGAAUAAGGUUGUAGGAGAAAAUGACAUUACACUCCAUUGUGUGGAUCAGAUCUAUGGAGUGUUUGAUGAGAAAAAAAAAACUCUUUUCGGACAACUGAAGAAAUACCCCGAGAAACUUAUCAUCCACUGCAAAGACCUCCGAGUGUUCCAUUUUUGUCUGAGGUACACAAAAGAAGAGGAAGUCAAAAGGAUUGUCAGUGGCAUAAUUCAUCAUACCCAGGCUCCUAAACUGCUUAAAAGAUUGUUUCUGUUUUCCUAUGCAACUGCUGCACAAAACAGCAAACCCACCAAUCCCAGAAACCAUACAGUAAUGUUUGACACACUUAAGGACUGGUGUUGGGUUGAGCGGACCAAAGGCAACAUGAAGUACAAAGCAGUGAGUGUCAAUGAAGGCUACAAAAUCUGUGAGAGGUUGCCAGCUUACUUUGUUGUCCCCACCCCUCUUCCUGAAGAGGAUGUGCAACGCUUUCAGGGUCAUGGCAUACCAAUCUGGUGUUGGUCCUGCCACAAUGGAAGUGCCCUUUUGAAAAUGUCAGCACUGCCCAAAGAACAGGAUGAUGGCAUUUUGCAAAUCCAGAAGAGCUUCUUGGAUGGAAUUUACAAGACCAUCCACAGGCCACCCUAUGAAAUUGUUAAAACUGAAGACCUAUCAAGCAACUUCCUAUCCCUGCAGGAGAUCCAGACUGCGUACUGUAAAUUUAAGCAGCUCUUCCUAAUAGAUAACAGUACUGAAUUUUGGGAUACAGAUAUAAAAUGGUUUUCUCUCUUAGAAAGUAGCAGCUGGCUUGACAUAAUCAGACGUUGCCUGAAAAAAGCAAUAGAGAUUACAGAAUGUCUCGAAGCACAAAACAUGAAUGUUCUUCUUUUAGAGGAGAAUGCCUCCGACCUCUGCUGUCUCCUUUCCUCUCUGGUACAAGUGAUGAUGGACCCCCACAGUCGAACCAGGACUGGUUUCCAGAGCCUCAUCCAAAAGGAGUGGGUGAUGGGUGGCCACUGUUUCUUGGAUCGCUGCAACCAUCUCCACCAGAGUGACAAAGAGGAGGUUCCUGUGUUCCUGCUUUUCUUAGAUUGUGUCUGGCAGCUGGUGCACCAGCAUUCUCCAGCAUUUGAAUUCACGGAGACUUACCUGACUGUCUUGUCAGAUAGCCUGUAUAUACCUAUUUUUAGCACCUUCUUCUUCAAUUCACCUCAUCAAAAAGAUACUAACACGGGUAGGGAAAGCUCGGAUACACAAAGCAAGCCUUUGAAUCUGCUCUCCGUGUGGGACUGGUCUGUGCAGUUUGAACCCAAAGCCCAGACAUUGCUCAGAAACCCUCUGUAUGUGGAAAAGCCAAAAUUGGACAAAGGCCCGCGGAAAGGAAUGCGUUUCAAACAUCAACGACAACUUUCUUUGCCACUUACCCAAUCUAAGUCAUCACCCAAAAGAGGAUUUUUCAGGGAAGAGACAGAUCAUUUAUUUAAAAACCUUCUGGGCAAGAGAAUCAGUAAACUUAUUAAUUCUUCUGAUGAGUUGCAAGACAAUUGUCGAGAGUUCUAUGACAGCUGGCAUAGUAAACCUACUGACUACCAUAGUUUGUUGUUGCCUCACAUCGAGGGACCAGAAAUCAAAGUCUGGGCCCAGCGCUACUUGCGUUGGAUUCCAGAAGCCCAAAUCUUAGGUGGUGGCAGAGUGGCCACUAUGAGCAAACUCUUGGAAAUGAUGGAGGAAGUCCAGAGCUUACAAGAAAAGAUCGACGAGAGACACCACAGCCAGGUGCUCCUCCCUGCAGAGGCCCCCUGCCUGCUGAGGAACUCUACCCGCCUGUCCUCUUUGUUUCCUUUUGCUCUGCUCCAGCGACAUUCAUCCAAGCCCAUCUUACCCACUAGUGGAUGGAAAACUUUGGGAGAUGAAGAAGAUCUGGCCAAACGAGAAGAUGAGUUUGUGGAUCUUGGGGACGUGUGAUUGUGUGUUCGGUGUUGUGAAAGAGGCCUCUGGGAGGUUGGGACAGUUGAUCCCCAGGCUGGGGUCAUGCUAAUGCUGGGAGGGUUACUAGCCCAGUGCUCUGUUGGAGAAAAACUGGGGCUUCAGGAA